AUGUCUGCGCCGGUCGGUGCUAUUCUCCACGAGCUUUCCGCUCUGCCUGCUCGCUCGAGGCAGGGUCUGAACAACCUGCGACAGCGGCUCUUCCAGGACUCCAAACCAAAGAAGGAGGGCCAGUUCCUGCGCACAUCUCUGAGCGCCCAUCAGCCCGUUUGGCUGGCUGCCGCCGGCGGUGUCUACACCAGCAUGUCAGCUGUCUACCUCACCCUGCGGUACCUCAAACGCGUCCGAUAG